AUGUCCCCGAAAAGAAAAGGCUCGAUUGCGGCAGAUUCCGACAGUUCAUCGGCAAAUAACCAUACAGGGAUUCACUCGCUCCUCUCUGCCGCCAUACCGGGUUUAGCCCCGGAAAUGAGCUCUAUCAAGAACGAUCAGCUAUUGCUAUUGAUUAUACAAUAUUUUACAGACUUGGGAGGGCCGUUCAAGGACAUUGCCGACCACCUGAGCCAGACCACAGGCCUCCAAGUCACAGACAGCCAUCUUAGAGAGUUUAGCGAUUUUUUACGUGACACCAAAGUAGACCUAGAGGGGGCAAGUUCUUUAGAAUUGAUAAACAACAAUUUAGCCCAGCUUGUGGGGGAUGACUCGCAAUUGGCGAAAAUUCAACGAGAUGUCCGUGUGCUGAUCAGAAAGACGCUGUUUCUAGAAAGUUUGAUCCUCCUCAGAAAUAACAACCGGGCAUUGCGAACUCUCAGAACGCUGACAGCAGACUAUCCUGACGAUGAAAAGGUGGAAAGCUUGAGCAAAAAACUAAGCUCCUUGCUUGUCAGUUUUGGCGACCAAAUUGAGCUUGUUGACUCCAGCACUAAGGCUCUACUCGAAGAGCUGGGAUGGCAAAUUGGAGGAGACAUUCGUGCUUCGAGAGAGAGCCUAGUCAACCAGGUGUUAGCGUUGCUCCCCUCGGAUAAAGUUGUACCGCCAAAUAGACUAGCACAGCUGCUGAAACAGGCCUUGGCCUACCAGCAGCUCAACGAUCCUUACUACAUUCCUACGACCACCUCCUCCCAGCCUCUAACCUUGCUAAGAGACGCAAAUACAUACAUGAAGGACAAGUUCCCAAAAACUCUGAAGGUUCGUCUCGAGCACCACGAAAACGAGUGCUGGUUUGUCAAAUACUCCAACACGGGGAAAUAUUUGGCCAGUGCUUCGGUCGAUAAAACCAUUGCUAUCUACGACACACAAACCUACCGAUUGCACAAGCACCUCGUUGGUCACGACAAUACGAUCAUUUACCUGUCGUGGUCUCACGAUGACUCCAAGCUCAUCACCUCUUCUUUCGACCAGACCGUCAAGGUGUGGGAUCUUGAAUCGGGUAGCUGCAUUGCCACCAUCUCCGACCAGGACUUAUUCAACUCAAAUGUCAGGAUUCGGUCAGUGGAAUUCUUCAAGUACAGUGACCAGUUCAUCAUUGGCUCACCGGACAAAAAGCUGUGCAUCUUCAACUUGGACAAGGAGCUGGUAUAUGAUUUCAAGAUCUCGCACCGAAUAGAAGACCUAGCUCUAGUCAACGACGAAAAGUUGCUUGUUGUGACGCACUCAUGCCAACUGAUGAUUUACGAUAUCACUUCAUCCAGCUACGAACUUUCUAGUAUCAUCAAUAUCGAGAAACAACUGACCUCCAUAACCGUUUCGCCUGACGACCCAGACCACUGCCUGAUAAACGUGAAGGCAGACGAGCUACAGCUCUGGAACAUCUCCAAGACGUCCAGACCGUAUCUCGUGAACAAAUACUACGGACUCCAGCAGUCGGACUACAUAAUCAGGGGCUGCGUUACAGAUAAGAACCUUGUUCUUAGUGGUAGCGAGGACGGUCUGAUUUACAUCUGGAAUAAAAAGUUUGGAAACCUCAUAGAGUGUUUGAAGGGGCACAAGUCCCUCAUCAACUGCAUCGACUGGAAACCAACCGACAAUGACGACUACGAAUGGGCCAGCUGUGGCGACGACGGGGUCGUGAACAUCUGGGGCAUUUAA